GCAGAGAGACGCCGGGUCAACGCGCCAGGUAGCAACGCCUCGGGACAGCCGUCGACGUGUUCCCUUCGUCGCCGUCCUCGUCCUCGCCGUCGUCGUCAUCCCAGCGGUGGGGUGGUGGCCGUGAUUCCUUCUCUCUAGAGCGUGGACAGCCGCGGCGACUCCAAGGGAUGACAACCAUGGGAUCCUUUCACGCCGCAUCCGGGAGCCUCGUUCUCCUCGCGGCCACCGUCGUCCUGCUGCCCGCCACGCAUCGCGCUCCGUUUGCAUACGCCGCAACUGGCGGCGGCAGUAUGCUGGGCGACGUGAAUAUUUCUGCGAUACUAGAUUCCUUUUCCGUCAGUUACGAUAAAAGAGUAAGGCCGAACUAUGGAGGUCCGCCCGUGGAGGUCGGCGUCACCAUGUAUGUCCUCAGCAUCAGCUCCGUGUCCGAGGUGUUGAUGGACUUCACGUUGGAUUUUUACUUUCGACAAUUCUGGACGGAUCCACGACUCGCGUUCAAGCAAAGAACGGGCGUCGAGACGCUCAGCGUCGGCUCCGAAUUCAUCAAGAACAUUUGGGUACCUGACACCUUCUUUGUCAACGAGAAGCAGUCGUACUUUCACAUUGCUACCACCAGCAACGAGUUCAUUCGUAUUCACCAUUCGGGAAGCAUAACGCGUAGCAUACGCUUAACGAUUACAGCGUCGUGUCCCAUGAACUUGCAAUAUUUCCCGAUGGACCGGCAAUUGUGCCAUAUCGAGAUCGAAAGCUUCGGAUACACGAUGAGGGACAUCCGGUACAAGUGGAACGAGGGCCCGAACAGCGUCGGAGUCAGCAACGAGGUCUCCCUGCCUCAAUUCAAGGUCCUCGGUCAUCGUCAACGUGCCAUGGAGAUUAGCCUUACCACCGGGAAUUACUCGCGGCUGGCCUGCGAGAUCCAGUUCGUACGGUCGAUGGGCUACUACCUGAUCCAGAUCUACAUACCCUCGGGGCUGAUUGUCAUAAUAUCGUGGGUGAGCUUUUGGCUAAACCGAAACGCGACCCCCGCUCGGGUGGCCCUCGGAGUAACCACUGUGCUCACUAUGACGACCCUAAUGUCCUCGACGAACGCGGCGCUACCAAAGAUCUCCUACGUCAAGUCCAUCGACGUCUAUCUGGGCACCUGCUUCGUCAUGGUCUUUGCCUCGUUGCUCGAAUACGCCACGGUGGGAUACAUGGCGAAGAGGAUUCAGAUGCGGAAGAAUCGCUUUCAAAAGAUAGCCGAGAGCAUGAAGGCCGCGAGUGAGAAUCCAGGACCGCCGCGCGUGCCCGGCGAUCAUGGCGAUCACGCGCCUAAGCAAACUGAGGUGCGGUUCAAGGUGCACGACCCAAAGGCACACAGCAAAGGUGGGACACUUGAAAACACCAUAAACGGUCGCGCCGAUGAGGAAACGGCGGGCGCACCGCAACAUAUUAUACAUCCUGGCAAGGACAUCACCAAGCUCUACGGUAUGAGUAGACCAUGCAUCACGCCGUCGGACAUCGACAAGUAUUCCCGCAUCGUGUUCCCAGUAUGCUUCGUCUGCUUCAAUCUGAUGUACUGGAUCAUUUAUCUCCACAUCAGCGACGUAGUUGCGGACGAUCUCGUACUGCUCGAGGAGGCCAAGUAAACGAUGAUGUGGCAGCGCUUCGAAUCAAGAAGAGAGGCGGGUAAAAGUGCAGGAGCAGAAUCGAGCACUUUAUGCGAAAAAGGGACAAGACGAGAGCCGGUUUGUAAGAAAAAGGUGAAAACGGUUCAGGAAGAUGAAUCGAGGUGCGCUUGAUAACUACUCGGAAACGAAAGGAGUAAAAGCGAACGACAAGCGGGAUGGCUUGUAGCAACUGGCAGGCAGGGGAGCGCUUGUGUCCAUCUCGAGAGCGCUGCAACUACUUCUUCACGAUUACGAAGUAGUAGCGGAUGAACAGUCGGACAGUCACGCGGUCGCAUUAGACUCGGAGUAAAACUACUACUUACUCGCGAUCACUGGAAAGUAUAAAAGCGAACGUAGGGUCGCCGCGUUCGCGCCGAAAGAGACAUGGCUGACCAAACGCGCGUUUCAACUACUGCGCGGCAUCGUGGCUACCGCGCUUCCUCCGGGCAGACGCUCUCGUUCGUCAAUCAACGAUCGAGCUCGCGUAAGCCUCGGCUAACGUCGCUCUCCACGACGUGUCUUCGUUAAAGACUCGAUAUGUAUAGAUGCAUGGCGCGAUAUUUAGGAAUAUAUAUCGCGGAGCGAUAUGGGCAAGCUCAAAUUUCGAAGGCGAAUCUACGAGCAUACAUAUACCAUAAAACAUUGCCAGGUAUUCUAGGUAUUCCUAGUUCUUAAACGGAGAAAAUACCUUCGAUAUAAACACUUGUCAAUUUAGCCACCAUUUCAUAGUAACGUUAACUAACGCUAAGGACAACACCGAGACUCGUCGGUUUGAAGCGACAGUUCAAUCGAGAGCGGCUUGAGGGGACGGAAAAAUAUAGGAUUAUCGACGUUCGUCGAGGUCGAGGAUGAAUCGUCGCUCUGUCACGUCGUCAACAGCGCUCGUACGCAGACGGAGGAAACGUAGCGGAAAUCGCGUGGUGACAUGUGUGUGCGUGCGUGCAUGCGAGCGAGCGAACGAACGAGCAUGAGAGAGAGAGAGAGAGAAAGCGGGAAAGAAUGAACACGAGUGGAAAUGUAUGCGUAAAGGCGCGCGCAGAACGAAGAAAGGACGGACGGAAAAGUUCAUAUUCCGAAUGAAGAUAACGCUGUACUAUUGGAGACUGGUGCGACUUAUUAUUUAAGUAAGUACAAUAUAAGUAUAUGUAUAUUCAAACAACACACAUAUAUAAAUAUAUGCGCGCGUACGCGGCUGCGUUAGAUACGCGCGUGCAUGCAUAUUAGAUACGUUCGUGCACACGUGCGUACGCAGGACAAACGAUCGAUAACCGAGAUCUACAAAAACAAGGGAGAGAGGCAAAAAGGGAACUGCGCGAUACAGGACGCCCACGACGAAAGCGGCUUCUUCUCAGCAUCCGCAUUUAUUUGGAUUAUGGCCAAGUAAAAGCCAAGUCUCUCCUUUCAUUUCGUAGAACUUUUUUACGAUUUUUAACGGCGCAAUUUUUGUAUUUUUCUCUAUGUAUCUUGCGCGCGUCGUCGCUACGUAAAAUCGCGUAACUCUCGUCACUCCUUCUCUCCCGGAUGUCUUUUCUUUUGUACGCGUGUACGUGCGUGUGCACGCGGCUCAAUCGGGAGUACUCUUAGCUCGUAGUCGCGACUGUUUACAUAGGGACGUAUGGCGAUUAUAGAUCAAACAUAAAAACAUUCCAAUCGUAUCGGGAAAAUUAAGAGAUAGAUAACGAGCCAAGGCAGAAUACAACUCUCUCUCUCUCUCUCUCUCUCGACACUCGUUGCACGAUAUCUAUUUUUGCUUGAAAAUAAAUCUUGCAAAAAAAAAAAAAACAAUGAAAAUAAUUAACGUAACACGAAUAUACACGUGUUAUUUAUAGUCAAUUAAAAUUGAUGAAUAUGCUCUUAUUUGAUUGAUAUAAAUGAAAAGAUGGAGAAAUAAUGAAAAUAAUUUUUUUUUUUGUAUAGUCGCGAUUGAUAUCUUGUUACUUCAGAAUAUCGAAAUAUUUCUAUCGAGAGUUUUAUAUUUAAAUUGUGUCUUUAUAUCUACGUGACAAUAACAACACCGUCACAUUGAAUUCUAUCAAUUUAAAUCGCAACUAAUUCUGUCAAUAUCUUCUAUGACACUCAAGUUUAUAUAGAAAAUGGAAACCGCGAGAUACAAUUUCGCUUUUAUCUAUAUAAAUUGCUUUUAGCUCGGAGUGUAUAACGAUCUUCUUGUUCCAAAGUAUUUCGUUGCACAAGCAAUGUUUUUAUCAAUUUUAAUUAACGUUGAUUGCAUGCUAUUUUACUUGCUUCUUCUACUCGUUGCUCGCGCGUUUUACGAAAUCCUGCUCACCAUUACAGACCAUCGAUCACUUACAAGAAGCUUCCAAAACAUAUACUCGGAGAGCUUCUUUCUUUAGAUUCUUCUUCUUGAUAUACAGAUUGAUAACCUAGCAUUUUUUUUAACAUAUUUGUAAGUUCUUCCUUAACAAAGAUUAGAUUUAAUGGCUGUCAUUUUUUUAUUUUUUUGAUCGAUAAAAUUAUAUAUUUUAAUAAUAAAUUUUUAAUUAAAAUUUUGUCGAUUCCAAAUUAAAAUUAAUUUAAAAUAUUAAAGUUUUAUUAUUUAAAAAUUAAUUAACAUUCAAGUUUUAUUAUUAUCAAGUUUAACGUUUACUUUUUAAAAAUUUAAUUUGUUAAGUUUGCCAAUUUCCAAACAUUUGUAAUAAACAACAAUUGAUCGAUAUUUCAUUUUAAUCAAACUUUUAAUAUUCAUGAUUUAGGAAAAGCGCGGAGAGAAAACUUGUGGUACAUUCUGUAUACAGAUACAUGUAUACGUAUGUAUAUGCACGCUCUCUUUUCGCUGGUUUCUCUCUCCUUCGACCUAGCCGGCUGACUGCAAGCUGGGCCAUGGAAGCUUACCAUUCAGGAUAUCGACCAGCUGACACGCCCAACCCACCCUCCGGACUCUUUCUCGUCCCUUCUACGUUAUCGUUCUUACUCUCCCUCUCCCUAUUCUUGUCCUCCAUUCUAUAUCACAAUAGCCAAAUAGUCCGGUUAUAGCGGACACUCUUGUCAGUCGCUCAUUUAAUAAGAAGAUCCUUAGUACUUUGCGAGAAUUCUUUAUGAAAAUAGGAAUCCUCGGGGAUUCUGCCUUGGACCGCUAUCUUCAGAUAUUUGAGAGAAACGAAGGAGGGAUAGUGAUAUUCGUGCGUCACGUUCUGUCAAUGUGAAAACGCAGAAUCAUAUGAUUUUUAUUAGAUUAUUUUUAUCAUUUAUCGAUAUUACCUUUAUCGAUUCUAUUAUUUGAGGUUACGAGUAUCGAGAAUUGACGAUUAUACGUAAAAUUCAUUUAGAUAAAUUAAUUAAAUUCAAUUAAAAAUUUUUUUUGUUUUGUUUUGUUUAAAGAAAAAAGUAUUUACGUCAUUUUUAUAUUUCCAAAAUGUGUGUAGUAUUUGAGAACUACUAAUCAAAAUCUUUAUAAUUUUGAUCGCGUUUUCUUUGCCGCAAGUAAAUAUAGUAGUGAAUUUUACUAUGAAAUUCUUUUCAACGCGCUUUGGCUUUUCAAACUUCUUCGCAUAUCGAUGCGAUUAUGCAACGUCCGACACAGAUUUACGUCCUGAGUAAUCACGAAACACAGCUGCGAUAAUCCUUCAUCGUGGAUAUAAUCAAUCAUUUGCGCGGUAAUUUUUAUUUCGCGAACAUAAUCGAUCAUUCGUAGCAACUUAUUUGGCUCUUGCGUUUUCCUCACCGAAUACUCGAACUCUCUCGAUUCUCGAUCGGUUCUCUCGGUCACGCGACAACGCAAAUAACGACGGUGCGAAUUAUCGUGCGCGAGAAGGCACACGCAAAUCGCGUGCCUGAUCCUCGUUCGUUUCUUUCUUCGAUUGCGCUCGUACAUAAUAUGUAAGUAUCGAUACACUUCCACGUUCCGCCCCAAUCGGAAGCAUUGUGUGCAAUUUAUAUAAUUCUGUACAUCCGUUAUCUACUCGGAGUCUCUAUAAUAACGAAAGAAGAAGGCGAAAGAGAUGAUGUAACUCGUUUUAUCGUUGUGAUAUAUUCUAUGAUAGCUAUAUGCAUUUAAUCGCGCAUGUAUAAUGACGUACAUAUAUGCGUGCCUAUUGUUUACACGGAAUCCUUAAGCCGGGCAAACAAACAGCGGGAAUUGACGCGUCUCUAUGAUUAAAGAUAAUGAAAAAUUCUUCCCUAGGUAGGUGCGUAAUUAAGUAUAAAGUAAAACAAACUAUUUAACAAAUAUAAUAACUUAUAUCUGCACGAAUAAUAAAAUAAGUAAAGUAAUAAAAAUGCUCGUAUGUAUCUCGCGAUAUAACGUGUAAUGGAGUUUCGAAAUCGCGAACCAGCAAUGUUCCUUUCGGAUACGCGAUGUUAAGCCAAUUUAUUAAUCAUAAUGAUGAACAAUGCUUUCAUAAUUCACAAUAAUCAAUUGCAAGAAUUAAUUCUUUAAGAAUAAUAAUGCAAAUUUGCUACAAUCCUGUAGAAGUUUUAUUCUUAAUUUAUUUAAUUUAUUUAUUUAUUAUGAUACUAUAUAAAAAAUGUCUAGUUAUUCACCUCUGUAAGGUACUAACGUAAAAAUAAUUAACAUAACGCUUAAUUAAAUUUCUGAAUGUAUAUUUGCGUUAUUUUAAUAUGUGUUCUUGCUUGAGAAAACGAUUUAAUGCUUUGAAAGAUUAGAUAACGGAAAUUUUAGCAGGAAUGUAUGUAAUUCCCAUUUAUUUGCGAUAAUUUAAUCGCGAUUGCUUGUAUCGAAUAUUUAAAAAACUGCGUGCGUUAAAUGUAAAUAUGCGCACAUCAUAUAGGACGCGCCAAUUCCCCGGGGAUACGCCAAUGGUCGACCAUUAAUAUAAUUAGCCUCAUUAAAAUUAUUAUUACCUUUGUUAUUACUUUUAUUAUUGUUAACAUUAUAUAUGACCGUUUAAGAGAAAAUUAAACUAUGAUCUCUAUUCUCUGCUAGGUUGAAUACUUGCGUUAUCGGCGGGUACUUAUAUAUCGCGUAUAAUAUUACUAAAAUAGAUGAAAUCGUUACUUAAAAAGAGCACCAUCGACGCGCAAGCAUCUUGAAAUUUAAUGAAAAGGAAGGGAUAAAAAGAGAAAAAAACAGAACUAUUAAUAUUAUAUAAAUCGAUCACCUUGUAAAUACGAGUUUUAUACAGAGCAUUGUAUUCGUUAAACAAAGAGAGU